AAAGGAACUGUGAGGAGGCGAAAAGGAAGUGGUAAGAAGUGGGAAUCAUCCAUAGCUCCAAAAGCUUCGAAUCAUAAAUAACAUAACAAUCAAACUACUACUACCCUCUCCCUCUCCCUCUCUCCCUCGCAAAGACAAUAAAUAAGAAGCAAGAAAGAGUGUAGAUUGACUGACUGUGUGUGUGUGAGUGAGAGAGAGAGCCCUUUUAUAAAUAAAUAAUCUAUUUUCCUCCCCAAAUCACAAGACAUCCCUCUCUUUCCCCGAAGCCUCAAAGAACACACGGCUCAAAAACUCAGAAACUAUAAAAACAAAACCCUAGCUUCUUCUAUUAUGCAUGCCUGAUAGUAAGAAUUAUAAUUCGCAGAUCCAAUAAUAUUAGAAAGAAAGAAAGCCCUAACUCUUUCAAUCCAGGAAAAUGGGUGAGUUAGGGCAACAUACUGUGGAUUUCUCGACGCUGGUGAGUCGAGCUGCUGAGGAAUCCUUUCUUUCUUUGAAAGAAUUGGUGGACAAAUCCAAAUCCACUGACCAAUCUGAUUCCGAGAAGAAGAUUAGUCUUUUAAAGUACUUGCUUGAGACUCAACAGCGUAUGCUUAGACUUAAUGUCCUUGCUAAAUGGUGUCAACAGAUUCCGUUGAUACAAUAUUGUCAGCAACUUCAAUCAACUCUGUCAAGUCAUGAUGCUUGUUUUAUCCAAGCUGCAGAUUCUUUAUUUUUCAUGCAUGAGGGGCUACAACAAGCUCGUGCUCCUAUCUAUGACGUUCCAUCUGCUAUAGAAGUGCUCCUCACUGGGUCUUAUGAGCGUUUGCCAAAAUGUAUAGAAGAUGUGGGUAUACAUGGCACCUUAACUGAGGAUCAGCAGAAGCCAGCUUUGAGAAAGUUGGACACACUUGUGAGAUCUAAGUUGCUUGAAGUUUCACUGCCAAAGGAAAUUUCUGAGGUGAAAGUGUUUGAUGGUACAGCACUGCUUCGUGUUGAAGGUGAAUUUAAGGUUUUAGUUACUCUUGGCUACCGAGGGCACCUGUCAAUGUGGAGGAUACUACAUAUGGAAUUGCUUGUUGGUGAGAGAAGUGGGCCUGUGAAACUAGAAGAAAUGCGACGGCAUGCUCUAGGGGAUGAUUUGGAGCGCAGAAUGGCUGCAGCAGAGAAUCCAUUUAUGAUACUAUAUUCAGUUCUUCAUGAGCUUUGCAUUGCAUUAGUUAUGGAUACUGUCUUAAGGCAAGUACAAGCACUCCGUCAAGGAAGAUGGAAAGAUGCAAUUCGAUUUGAGCUCAUAUCUGAUGGCAGUAGUAGUUCCACUCAGCAAAUUCAAGAUGGAGAAGCUGAUUCAUCUGGCUUACGAACACCAGGGUUGAAAAUUGUAUAUUGGCUAGAUUUGGAUAAAAAUUCUACCGUAUCUGACUCAGGAAUGUGCCCAUUUAUAAAAAUUGAACCAGGACCCGAUCUGCAGAUAACAUGUGUUCAUAGCACUUUUGUUAUAGAUCCUGUAAAUGGAAGGGAGGCAGAAUUCUCCCUUGACCAAAGUUGUAUUGAUGUCGAGAAGUUGCUUCUAAGAGCAAUAUUUUGUAAUAGAUAUACUCGAUUGCUUGAGAUUCAGAAAGAGCUGGUAAAAAAUGUUCAGAUCUUCCGUGUUGCUGGCGACGUCGUUCUUCAGUUCCUUGUGGAUGAACCUGAUGUUGACCAUAAAAAGAAAGAAACCAAGUCUGAUGGUGGGGAACUGGAGGGGCAGGAUGUACUGUGUGUUCGAGCCUAUGGAUCUUCUUUUUUUACCCUUGGAAUAAAUAUAAGGAAUGGCCGCUUUCUUCUUCGAUCAUCCCAAAAUAUAAUUAUGCCUUCAGUGUUGAUGGAUUGUGAAGAAGCUUUAAAUCAAGGAAGUAUAACUGCAGCUGAAGUCUUCAUUAGUACGAGGAGCAAAAGUAUCUUGCACUUAUUUGCAUCUAUUGGCAGGUUUUUAGGCCUUGAGGUUUAUGAAAAUGGUUUUUCUGCGCUGAAAGUACCUAAAAACCUUUUGACUGGUUCAACUACGUUGCUAAUGGGAUUCCCAGACUAUGGGAAUUCGUAUUUUCUGUUGGCGCAACUUGAUAAGGAUUUCAAACCUCUGUUUAAGUUGCUGGAGAUGCAACCGGAUUCAUCUGGAAAAACUCAUUCUUCUAUUGACUCAACUCAUGUAAUGCGCUCGAAGAAAAUCGAUGUUAGCCAGAUGCAGAUGCUUGAAGAUGAGCUGAAUUUGAGUGUCUUUGACUUGGGAAAAUUGAAUCACUUUUUGCAGAAUGCUGCUGAUUAUAACCAGACCACUGAACAUGGUCUUCCAUCUGAAUUUCGUCUAGAGGGUCACAUGCCAAUUGCAGGAUGUUCUCUGUUGAGUUUUUCAUCUGUUGUUGAUGAAGUUUUCGAACUUGAGAAAGGGGCAUCUGCACCUUCAUUCCCUCUUCAGAAUGUUAACUCUUCAUUCAAUGCAUCUCCUGCUUCUCAUUUUGCUUCUGUUCCAAUGAAUCUUCACUCCAUUAAAGCCAGAACUCCUUCUCCUAAGUGGGAAGCAGGUAUGCAGGUGUCGCAGGUGAAUAGCAUGGCAAAAGUUUCCGGUGUGGCCUCUCCCUAUAAUGGAUCGUUGUAUCCAUCAAAUAAUCUGAAAGGACCAGUGCACUCAAAUUCAUUCAGUUCACUAUCUUCUGGUCCAGGAAGGACUACAGCUGUGAAAAAAUUAUCAGCUUCCAAAUCUGAUCAGGAUUUGUCUUCUCUUAGAUCUCCACAUUCAGUUGAGGUUGGCUCUAAUUCCCCAAUGGAUGAUGAUCAUCUAAGACUGCUGAAUGACACAUCGAAGGAUGCAAUAACAGGGAUUAGGCCCUCUCGAUUGUCAUCUCCAUCUCGACCAACAGGCUCUCGAAUUUCAGUAUCAAAUGGGAAACCUAAUGGAGCCAGAAGCUCUCCAGCUGGGCCUGUCAGAGUUGCUGGAUCAAGCCCCUUAGCUACAACUCCCGUAUCCCAAACAGCAGGAGAUACUGCAGGAUUCCACUGCUUUAGCCAUGAUGUAUCCAUACAUGAAAAAAAUCCAAGAAAGCGUACAGUUGCAGACAUGCUGAGUUUAAUUCCAGCUCUCCAAGACCUAGAUGCUAAAGGAGGAUUUUCUAAGAGAGGAAGAACCUCAGAAUCAGCUCACUUUCAGCAGGUUUCAUCAAAGAUGCUUGUAUCGUCAGAUAUGGUCUCUAAAAAUGAGAGAUACAGCUAUGGGAAUCUUAUUGCUGAAGCAAAUAAAGGGAAUGCACCUUCGAGCAUUUAUGUCUCUGCUCUACUCCAUGUGGUUAGGCAUUGCUCACUUUGCAUUAAGCAUGCCAGACUAACUAGCCAGAUGGACGAGUUGGACAUUCCUUAUGUUGAAGAAGUGGGUCUGAGAAAUGCAUCCUCAAAUAUAUGGUUCCGACUUCCAUAUGCCAGAGGUGAUUCAUGGCAACACAUUUGCUUGCGGCUUGGGAGACCUGGAAGCAUGUAUUGGGAUGUCAAAAUAAAUGAUCAGCACUUCAGGGAUUUGUGGGAGCUUCAGAAGGGAAGCAGUAGCACUCCCUGGGGCUCUGGGGUCCGUAUUGCAAAUACAUCUGAUGUGGAUUCCCAUAUUCGCUAUGACCCAGAUGGUGUUGUCCUGAGUUACCAGUCUGUCGAGUCUGAUAGUAUAAAGAAGCUUGUUGCAGAUAUUCAAAGGCUUUCUAAUGCUAGAAUGUUUGCUCUUGGAAUGCGUAAGCUGCUUGGAGUUAAAGCAGAUGAGAGACAAGAGGAAAUCAGUGCAAACUCUGAUGUUAAAGUACCCAUUGGAGGGAAAAAUGCUCAUGAGGGAGCUGAUAAGUUGUCAGAAUUGAUGAGGAGGGCAUUUAGGAUUGAGGCAGUUGGACUGGUGAGUUUGUGGUUCAGCUUUGGUUCGGGUGUCCUAGCUCGCUUUGUUGUUGAGUGGGAACUGGGUAAAGAAGGAUGCACAAUGCAUGUUUCACCUGACCAACUUUGGCCUCAUACUAAGUUUCUGGAAGAUUUUAUAAAUGGAGCUGAAGUUGCAUCCCUGUUGGAUUGCAUUCGCCUAACUGCCGGACCCUUGCAUGCUCUUGCCGCUGCAACUCGCCCUGCAAGAGGUGGUCCUGCUCCAGGGGCUCCUGGUGCAGCAGCAGCUGUUGCUUCUAUGCCAAAACAGGCAGGGUAUGUCCAAUCCCAGGGACUUUUGCCUAGCAGUUUGAUGAAUAAUAUUAGCCAGCCAACUUCUGGCUCAGUAGGCAAUGCUUCUAUCACUACUGGACCUCUUGGGAAUCACAACCCUCAUAGUGCUGCAAUGUUAGCUGCUGCUGGCCGAGGGGGCCCUGGCAUUGUUCCCAGCUCACUGUUGCCAAUCGAUGUCUCUGUUGUACUACGUGGCCCAUACUGGAUCCGGAUUAUUUACCGGAAGAAUUUUGCAGUUGAUAUGCGAUGCUUUGCUGGAGAUCAGGUUUGGUUGCAACCAGCAACCCCACCUAAGGGGGGUCCUUCAGUUGGGGGAUCACUACCCUGUCCACAGUUUCGCCCUUUCAUCAUGGAACAUGUUGCCCAAGAAUUGAAUGGAUUAGAUCCUGGCUUUGCUGGUGGUCAGCAGACAGUUGGACUGGGAAAUUCUAACAAUCCUAACCCAAGUUCAGUUUCUCAACUGUCAAGUGUUAAUGGGAAUAGAGUUAACCUUCCUAGUUCUGCAGCAAUAUCUAGGGCAGCAAACCAAGUGGCUGCUUUGAAUCGUGUUGGAAAUGCUGUUCCAGGAUCAUCAAAUUUGGCUGCUGUAAGCUCGGGAUUACCCAUACGGAGAUCUCCAGCUGCUGGUGUCCCUGCUCACGUGAGAGGAGAGCUGAAUACAGCCAUUAUUGGUCUUGGUGAUGAUGGAGGGUAUGGAGGUGGAUGGGUUCCUCUUGUUGCUCUUAAGAAGGUUCUAAGAGGCAUUCUUAAAUACCUUGGAGUGCUAUGGCUUUUUGCUCAACUACCAGACCUUUUGAAAGAGAUCCUAGGGUCAAUUUUGAAGGACAAUGAAGGUGCACUCUUGAAUUUGGACCAGGAACAGCCAGCCUUGCGCUUCUUUGUGGGGGGCUAUGUGUUUGCUGUAAGUGUACACAGAGUUCAACUUCUUCUUCAAGUGAUUAGCGUCAAGCGCUUUCAUCAUCAACAGCAGCAGCAACAACAACAAAACAAUACUGCUGCUCAAGAAGAACUGACUCAAUCUGAAAUUGGAGAAAUAUGUGACUAUUUUAGUCGUCGCGUAGCAUCAGAGCCCUACGAUGCUUCUCGUGUUGCAUCAUUCAUUACCCUUCUCACCCUGCCCAUAUCAGUUUUAAGAGAAUUUUUAAAAUUAAUUGCAUGGAAGAAAGGAUUGGUUCUGGCACAAGGUGGAGAAAUAGCUCCUGGACAAAAACCCCGUAUUGAAUUAUGCCUUGAAAAUCAUACUGGGUUAAAUGUAGAUGAGAAUUCUGAGAAUUCAUCUGCUGCGAAAAGCAAUAUACAUUAUGACCGGCCCCAUAAUUCUGUUGAUUUCGCACUGACUGUUGUCCUUGAUCCAGCUCACAUACCUCACAUUAAUGCUGCGGGUGGUGCUGCUUGGUUACCUUACUGUGUCUCUGUAAGGUUGAGAUAUUUAUUUGGUGAAAACUCGAAUGUGUCUUUCCUUGGCAUGGAGGGAAGCCACGGAGGCCGAGCUUGCUGGUCGCAUGCUGAUGACUGGGAGAAAUGUAAACAGAGGGUGGCUCGCAAUGUUGAAGUAAAUGGCUCUUCGGCAGGAGAAGCCCAAGGAAAGUUGAAAGCAGUUGCAGACAGUGUGCAAAGAAUCCUACAGUCGUGCCUCCAAGGGUUGAGAGACGGCAGUGGAGUUACAGCAAGCUCUGGGGCAACAUGAUAAAUUGGUUCACUGCUUGCAUUUUUUGUAUUAUUUGCAACGAUCGGGAAUGAGGAAGUGGAUAACGAUCCAGUUGUGGGUUUUUCAUUCCGUAGGGCUUGCCCAUUUCUGGACUCUGCAAUUGGUGUUGGAGAUACUUGCGUUGUUAGGAAAUAAGGUAUCAUUGCACAAGUGCCGAUGAAGAUAUGGAUGGCUGGGCAGGAGUUUUCCACACAUAAAUAUCUUAUCCAGUGCUCUGAUGGUUAGGGUGUAAAAUAUUUCCUUUGUACAGAAAUAACACUUGAUGAGUAGACAAACUUUGUAAAAAAUGAAAAAAAUCUGUUAGAUUUAUUUACUCAAUGGGCAUUCAAAAGGUGUCUAAGAUUGUUUUCA